AGAAGAAGAAGAAGAAGAAGAAGAAGAAGAAGAAGAAGAAGAAGAAGAAGAAGAAGAAGAAGAAGAAGAAGAAGAAGAAGAAGAAGAAGAAGAAGAAGAAGAAUGGUCAGUUGUGAGUCCAAUUUCGAAGUGCCUAAUUAGCAACACUUUAACGUUUACUAUUAUGGGUCUUAUGGAGCUUGAGACUACCAUUACAGAAUCUGAAACCCUUGAUUUUCUGAACAAAGUGUUUAUUCCUGCCUGUCCGUUGUUUUCUUCCAUCAUAGUAACCGGCAAAAAAGGUGUCAAACGGUGGAAGAAAGUCGAUGUUCAAGCCCAAAACCAUCUCAUUGUUCCUACAUUCCCUACGGGUUUAGAGAUUGAAAGUUACGAUCAACUUCUAAGAGAAUACAUUUCAAAGAUCGGCAAUGAAAGGUUUUCCAGGGAUAAACCGUUGUGGGAAGUUCAUAUAUUCAAGUAUCCAAGUGCUAAUGGAGUCGAAUCAUUGGUCUUCAAAUUCAGUCAUGCAAUAGGUGACGGUUAUGCAUAUAUGAAAAUAUUGUCUAAGAUUGUCAAAAGAGCGGAAAGUCCUCAUCUUCCGCUUACUUAUCCCAACUUGUCUCUAAGACAACGGAAAAAUGAUCAACGAGUAGGGAGGAUGAAGAUUUUCUCAGGGUUAUUUGCCAAGUGCAUUAACACUGUUUCUGAUAUAAUUUUCAACACGUUAAAGACCACGGUUUGGGUAGAUUCUCCUUCUGCCAUUCGAUCGGGGACAUGGAAGAAGAAAGAUUUAUCCAAGCCAAUUGAUAUCUACUCAGUAAAAUUAUCUCUUGAGAGAGUCAAGAAAGUUAAAUUCAAGCUAGGAGCGACGAUGAACGAUGUGAUCACAGGGAUUAUAUCUUACGUGAUUCAUUUGUACAUGACGAAGAUGGGUCAGAUCUCCACUACAGAGGCCUCCGCGUCUAUGACCAUGCUUGUAAUGCUCAACAUGAGAAUAUUCAAAGAUGGUUAUAAAGACAUUGAUGAAAUGAUGAAAGCUGCCGAUACAUGGGGAAACCAUUCUCGAUUCUUUCCCGUAAAGAUCCCAACUAUUGCUGGUAGUGAGAACAUCAACCCACUUGAUUUCAUCACCAAAGCAAAGGAGAACCUGAAUAGAAGUAAGAACUCCAUGAUCUUUUAUUUGCUCGAUCCGCUGCUUAACGCAGUUAGGAGCAUCUUUGGGCAAAAGGGAAUGGAGCGAGUGGUGCGUUUAGGUUUCAAGAAUACAAGCACUUUGAUAACGAGUUUGGUUGGUCCAAAAGAGCAGAUUGCUAUCGCUAAUCAUCCAAUUGGAAACUACUAUUUUAUCGUUGUCGGAAUACCCCAGAGUCUUACUUUCACUUCAAUGAGUUGCAAUGAACAACUACAGCUUGUGGCUACAAUGGAAAGGGGUUUCAUUGGUUCCAGUCUUUUCGCUUCUUGCAUGGAUGAAGCCUUUGACAACAUUUUUCAAGCAGCUUUUGGAAAUGAAGCAAAGAAGUCUAAUUAAUCAAUAAUUAGUCGACGAGAAGCUAAUACUAUUCACUUGAUAUAAAAGUACUCUGAUGAUUUCUUUGACUUGUAGCUUUAAUUAGUCCAGUCAAAUUGUAUUGACUUUAGUCCAGUCAAAUAGUGUAUCUGAGUGUGUCUGAUUUAAAAAUCUGUGUCUAACUGUCUUGGUGUAUUAAAUAGUUGUCUGAAACAAACGGACAAUACAUCUUAUCUUUUCAAGAAAUUG